AAGGUGGUAACGUGAACAGUGAAGGUGACGGUGGGUAACGGAUACCUGUCGCAUAAGGGCACGAACCACCACAUAAGACUACGAUCUCAAGAAAAAGUUGUGUUUCAACGUGAGCAGAGUUUAGUCGUCAGUGCCUAGCUGACAGAGUUGCCAUUUCUCGGCAAUCAGAACGCGUCUACAUCGCGCAGUUUACUAUCGUGUCAAUCGAGGAAGUUUCGACGAGAUCUAGUUGAAGAUGGAGUUCAGAUUCAUCUGCGUGUUGCUGCUCGGCAUCGUAGUAUUAGCAGCAUCACAGUCGGAUCCACACGCAAACGCGCAGGGCGGUGACUAUGGCUACAAUGACGACAUCUACGAUAGGACAUUAGACUAUGACGAUUACGACUAUGACUACCCAGGCGAUUACGGCGAUCAGCAAAGCCCGAAGGCCGACGACGACAGCAGCAACGAGUACACCGUAGAGGACACGGCCGAUACGAAGGACGACAAGGAAGUCGCCGCCCCGCUGCGCGCCAGGUAUGGACAGGGAUUCAGAGAUCUGCUGCACAAAUUCACCGGCAGCCGCAAGCAGCGCAGGCCGCGCCCCACGGUCAACACGUACCGUAUUAAGGGCCCCGUAAUCGGCGACAUCGACGAUUACGUCGAGCGAGGCUAUGGUUCGCGCCACGACGACGACGGCGGCUAUUCGGACAGCGACUCCUACUCUGACGGCGGCUACUCUGACCGAUCGGGAGGAGGAUACGGAUCCGGCGACUCGUACUCCGAUGAUAGCUACGGCUACGAACGAGACAGCUACCGCGACAAUGAUCGACACGGAACGUCCAGACGCCGCAGUUACGGCGACGACAACUACAGCAACGAUGACUCGUACGGCAGAGACAAUAGACAAGACGGAUACGGGCACAACGAUGACGGAUACAGGAACAACGAUGACGGAUACAGGAACAACGAUGACGGUUACAGGAAUAACGACGACGGAUACAGUAACAACGAUGACGGAUACAGGAACAACGAUGACGGCUACAGGAACAACGAUGACGGAUACGGGAAUGACAGAUACAGGGAUAACGAUGUCGGAUACGGCAAUAACGAUAGGCAUCGUAACGACGGCUCCUCGGGUCCACAUCAGGGACGAGUAAGCGGAUCUCACGGCUACGGCGGUGGGUACGGCGGAUACGGUGGUGGAUACGGUGGCGGCCAUGGAGGGGACGGCGGUGGUGGAUAUGGCGGAUACGGCGGCGGCCGUGGAGGAUACGGCGGCGGUGGGUAUGGCGGACAAGGCGGAGGAUACGGUGGUGGGUAUGGCGGAGGGCAUGGAUCGGGCAUUGGUGGUCAAGGAGUUGGAAUUGGCGGAGCCGGUAUCGGUCGAGGAGUUGGAAUUGGCGGAGCCGGUAUCGGUCGAGGAGUUGGAAUUGGCGGAGCCGGUAUCGGUCACGGAGGAUUCGGAGGCAAUGCUGGAACAAGCGGCAUCGCCGGAUACGGAGGAGUUGGGGGCGUGGUUGGAGCGGGUUAUGGAGGAGGCGGCGCUUCUCAGGGAUAUGAAUACAAUUACGGAUCCGGAUACGAUGACGCUGGCGGCUAUAAAGGCGGCGGAUACGGUUCUGGAGUCGGCAAGGCAGAUCACUCCUAUGGUAAAGGACUGUCCACUGUCGGCCGUAAUGCAGGCAACAAAUACGGUAGGUAUGGAACCAAUAAGCACGCUCAAGACAACAAAGACGGCUAUGGAGGAGGAAACUAUGGAGGCUAUCAUGGGGGUUCCCAAGGUGGCUACGGAAGCGGAUUCUCCGAUACAAGUUCCCCGUCCGGCGUGCAUGGAAGACACGGCGGUGGUGGAUACGGCGGCGGUGGAUACGGCGGUGGUGGAUACGGCGGCGGUGGAUACGGCGGCGGUGGAUACGGCGGCGGUGGAUACGGCGGCGGUGGAUACGGCGGGCACGGAGUAGCACCGCUGGGUGGAGCAGUUCUGGGGGGAAACGGCAAUGACACGUACAACCAACAGGCUCCGUUCACGUACGCGCAACCUGACGUCUACACGGCCCCAAAUAAAUUCAAAUACACGCAGGAGCCCCCUUACCCAGCUGGGCAGUACGGUCCCGAGCAACAGUUCGGCAUUGGCAACGCCAGGCAGCCAGACGGUGCCUACUACGAUCCCAAUUCACAGCCACAAGGUGGUUUCUAUGACCCUAAUGGCCAGCAGCAGGGAGCCUAUAACCCUGGCGCACAGCCGCAGGGAGCCUAUAACCCUGGCGCACAGCCGCAGGGAGCC